UAAUACUUAUCUCCUAUAGUUAUUUUUGACCUUAUUAAAUGUAUCUCAUGGUUAUCAGAUCCCGUGAUUGGUCUAUAACUCCAUGCAUAGAAACUAAAUCUGCAGUGCUGAACCGAAUUAAAAUUAAAGUCAGUUAUUUUGUGUACUCACUAGUUCUAUGUGAUAAAAUGACUGUAUGUUUCUUAUUAUAUUUAUAGACAUACAAGGGAUAUGUUAAUCUUUAUCUAAUGCAUUAUAAUCGAUAUGUAACCACGAUUUGUGACAUAAUGCAAAAAUAUUAUUUCUUACUACAGCACAUGUAACUAGUAAAAUGUAUGCGCCUUAGUGAACCAUUGGCAUUAUAUAGAUGUGAUGGAACCAUGUUAUAUGUUUUGUUUUGGCAUUUAAAUUGUAAUGUUUCAGAUAUAGGAACAUUGUUUUUCUUAACAGUUCAUAAGAUAAUGCUUGAAACUCAGAUUACUUCUUGAUCAUACUGUAUGAAAAGUUCGUUGCUUGCAUUUCACAAUUGCUAAUACAUACCAGAUAGACCACACUAUACUGAAUACUUAAGAAAAGAAAGGAUCUGUAUACGCAAGAAAAAUACUUAGACAUGGGUCGUCGGAUUCCGGCAAAACUACUUUAUUUGCUCGGCUUCACAUCGAUGAUUUUGAUACUGCUAACCUUUCAAAGAACGAAACACCAUCUUACUUUAGUUAAGAAAUAUCAGACUUGCAAAGCGAAGGAAAAGAUGGACAAGCUGAAUGCCUUUUUCAAAGAGGCUAACAUUCCUAACGAGCACUCGACGGUGAUACGUAAAACAUUUAUGAUUACUUGGUUUGAGGUACCCCUUUACGUUCAACGACGACCAUUAGCUCUGAGCAGGGGCUUCGAUUCAUGUGAAUUUAAUAAUUGUGUGAUAACGGACGAAAAAAGUUGUUUAGAAAAAAGUGAUGCGGUCAUUUUUAAAGGGGCACAUUUACCAGAGAAAUAUCCUUUUAAAAGACCUCACGGGCAAGUUUGGAUAUUUGCCGAGGAUGAAAGCCCUUUUUAUUACAACGAUUUUGGUGGACAUUAUAAGAACAAUUUUUGGAAAAGUGCGUUUAAUUGGACAAUGACAUAUAAUAGGAAUAAUACCGAUAUAUAUCUACCUAAUGGAGAAAUAUGGAAACGAAAAACUGAGGACAAUCGUGAUUUCCAAAAAAUUGCCAAAAGCAAAACUAAGGAUGCGGUUAUUAUAACAUCUCGUUGCAAAACAGACUCUAAAAGAGAACUGGUUAUCGAAAAAUUGAAGAAGUAUAUUAAUGUCGAUAUUCUAGGAAGAUGUGGACAAGAAUGGAAGUGUGGAACAAUGUAUGUACAUGAUGAUUGUUUCAACAUUUUAAAUUAUUCUUAUAAAUUCUAUUUAGCUUUUGAAAAUGCACUCUGUCGAGGAUACUCCACUGAAAAGUUCUUUGAAAAUUUCAACUACGAUUUGUUAUUAGUGUCUAGGGCGGGAAAAACAAAUUUUAGAGAAGCAUUGACGAUUCCUGAAAACGUAUAUAUUGAUUCUAAUGACUAUCAGUCUAUUGACGAUUUAGGAGCAUACCUUCAACGACUAGUUGUAAAUAAUGAAGAAUAUGCAGGUAUUCUAAGACGGAAAAGUCAAUAUUAUUUUCCUGGCUUUCAGGAAGUAUAUCAAAGGGCGUUAUGUAAAAUCUGUGAAAGAAUGAACCUACAGGAAGAAUAUCGGCAACAAAUAGCUGACCUUAAACCAUGGCUUAUGUCAGAUAAACCCUGCGCACACUCGGAAGAUAUAGAAAUAUCAUAAAAGUAAAGAAAUUGAUACAUUUUCUUUUCGCUUCUCACAUUUAAAUCCGAGGAGGACUGAACUGUUUCGGUAUCUGUUUUGUGACCUGUUUCGUCGUGCCCACAAGAGUGUUUCAUUUGUUGCUGUGUCUUCUGCAAAGGAAUUCAAUACUUACAUUUUUGGCUCUUAAGGUUUGCAUUUUAUCCCCCGCCGAUGAAAUCGGGAAACGGGUAUUGAAAUGUAAUUGUCCGUCCGUCCGUCCGUGCGUCCGUCCGUCCGUCCGCAGCCAUUUAUCAGUAACUAGUAGGUAGAAUUUCAUAAAACUUGAAAUAAACAUGAACCAACAUACUGCGAUGAUGCCCUUAUAUUAGCAGUUAUUCCUGUUAAUUAAAAAACAAGUUUUAUAAAAGUAUUGUUUUUAAAUUUCAGAAAUAAUAACGAUCUAAGGAAACAUAUAAAAGCAAGUAAACUAAAAAGGGAGAACACAUAUAUAUGAAUCAUAGGGUCUUGAGUCAGAAAUCCUACUAUUUUAUAAAAGACAAUGAGUCUGAAGUCAUUUGACCUCUACCUCUGUUUAAUAUGGAUAACUGAGCAUUUACUUUUAGAAAACUGAUUAGUACUGAUAAAGAAUGCAAUAACGUUGUUUUAGGUUAACUGCUCAUUGUUACAUGUCUGAAUGUCUGUUGCAAAGCGGAGCUAAACCAAAACUAACAAACAAAAGAAAAGAUGCUGGUAUAUAAAGUAAGAGCUUUAACCAGGUUAUCAAACUUGUGAACUUUUAGUCAUAGCAAACCAAGAUGUAAGAAAAAUAUACUUGAUAACAAUUAAAUGAAGAAAAGGUUGUAUCAUUUUGAAGCAUUUGAAAGCAUGUCAGAAUGAACAUUUAUUUUUAAAAUAUUUCAAAUUGUACUGACAGAAACUAAAUUUUAUUACGUCGUAGAAUAUUUCCAGAUAUACUGGAACUUUAAGAGAAACACUAAGAGAAACUAUGCAUCGAUCAAAAUAAAUAAAGUUUGAAUAUAAAUCGAAUUAGGUAUCAAAGGCUACGAAGAAGGCAUUGCCUACCUAUGUCAAAGGUCCAAACUAUAGGAAGAUGUUUUAAAGCAUUUAUAAUAAAAUGACAAAAAUUGCUUCAAAAUCAAAGUGCAAUCAGAUAUUAUUAUAGCUUACGAUCUUCUUUUGUUACUUGCUUUCCAUUUAGAACAACAUAUUAUUCAACAGCUAACCGACAAGAAAGCAAAUAUGCCAAAGUAGGUUCCAUUAAAGUGAAAAUACUGAAAGUUACAUCUUUAUCAAGACGUGAGGAAUGUGAUUUUUGUAACACUGCUGCCUCAAAUUGUAUGCAGUUUAUAUCUUUAAGACAUUUCAUCAUAAUUUUGGAUUCAGAUUUUCAACUGCAAACAAUCCAAUAAUUUUUACUAUAACAGAACAAUAUUUAAGCCAGUGCUAGGGGCGUGAGGGCAAUUUCACCUUUUAUCACCUCUAAUGAACAGAUUUAAUCAAACCAACUCGGCUAUCAUUUUGCUUCCAACGGAUCAUCCUAGAAAAAAAACUAUCAAAACAACAGACUUUAAGUAUGGGGAUGGGAUCAAAAGUAAUGCCACUGGCUAUUGAUAACCGCUAUUUUAGCGCGAGUACAAAAUUCAAGCCUUGCACGUGUUCCCCAUUGUAAUAAUUUUCAAUCGACGUAUAAACUAUACACGUAGACACAAUAUCUCGCUCACAAUUUACAUUUGCACAAACACUACUCGUAGGCGGUUAGGCAAAAUGGUUGGUAAAUGUGUAAAAAAUGCGAACGAAAUAUUAGGUCUUACAUUAAGACUUGCGCUUCACUCGGAAGAGGUUCAAAGGACAUUUAUGCUGACAUAUGUGCUGUUUAUGGUAGUAAUGAAAUGUCCUUUUCCACAGUUUGCAGAUGGGUUAGAUAAUUUUGUGCAGGCGUCGAGUCUGUCAAAAAUGCGCCUAAAACUGGUCGAUCUAAGUCUGCAAGUAGUCCAAGGAUUGUUGAAAAAAAUCAAACAAAUAGUACUUUCUGACGCAAGAUAUACUUCUCGGCAGAUAGCGGACAUGGUUGGCAUUUCAAAAGCAUCUGUGUUGCGCAUUCUGCGAAAUAUUUUGAAAUUGAAGAAGAAAAGUGCUAGGUGGGUCCCGCAUUUGCUCACUGAUGAGCAAAAAUGCACGCGCGUUAAGAUGGCGCGCAAGCUUUUGAAAAGGUUUCAAAGAUAUGAUCCAAAAACAAUAAUGAAUGUAGUUACAGGUGAUGAGUCUUGAAUACAUUUCUUCGAACCGCAUCGAAAAAUUAGAAACCGAGCAUGGCUCACCAAAAAUGCCAGAAGGCCUUGCAUUGCCAAAAGGAUUGCAAAAGGUUAUUUGUGAAAAAGGUUAUGUAUGCCAUAUUUUUCACUACUAAAGAUCUCGCCAUCCAGGUUCCUGUACCUAAAGACAAGUCAAUGAAUGCCAAGUUUUAUAAGAAAAAAGUUCUUUAAAAGCUCCUCAAGUAUUUCCAGAAACGUCGAUCAAAGACGGGUAUCGGAGGCAUCCAUUUAUUACAUGACAAUGCCUCGAGUCACAAGGCUGGAAUUGUGACGACGUCGUUUUUGAAUAAACAGGGAGUAUAUGUUCUAGAACGCCCACCCUGUUCUCCGGAUCUAGCACCCUGUGACUUUUUCAUUUUCCCUCGUCUCAAGAGAAAACCGUAAGGCAGAAAAUAUACAUCCCGCCAAAGUUGGGGGCCGCCAUAUUUAACCUCCUUAGUGAUAUACUUGACAAAAAGACUAUCAGAAAGGUUUUAAAGAUUGGAUUAAAAGAUUACGACGUUGUGUAUCUGUCAAAGGAGAUUACUUUGAAGGUUUGAAAUAAAUAUUUUCUUAAUCCAACCUUUAGUUGUCAUUUAACACCAUUGGUUGCAUUACUUUUGAUCCAACCCUCGUACCAUGUGAUGCUUCUAAUUUGUCUCCCGGUACUCGGAUUCAGUGUUGUUAGAUUGUUCAUAGAGUCCAUUCAAUAUAACUAUAAUAUGAUUACACUUCAGCUUUGGCUAGGGGGCAUAAGGGGUGUUUUACAUUGCAUUACCUCUCAUUAACAGACUUGAUAAGACCGCGUCUGCUAUUUAUUGGCUUUGUUGAGUUCUAUAUGAUAUCCUUAAAGAUGUUAUUAUCAUUUCUAUAGCAAAACGUAGGCAGUCAGUAUUUGUUUUCUUAACAAUUUGGUAUAAUUAAUAUGAUACAUUUAAUUACAGAAUAGUUAAAACAUAUAGAUUGAGUUUUAUUAGUGCGGUACUAAUAAACGUUUAUUAUGCACUUUUGACACAUAAUGUCUCCGUACAGGGUUGUCAUUAGCGUUAUGUUUUGCAAUAUUUCAGAUGAUACAUGUAUUUAGGAUAUAUU